CAAGCCCUUAUACCUUCUGCAUAAUGCAUUAACUAGAAAUAACUUUACAUAGAGAACAAUGGCCAAGUCCCCUGAAACCAGAUGAGCUACCCAAGAAUACCUGAAAGAGCACACUCACCUAUGUGGCCAAAUAGCGGGAAGAUUCAUGAGUAGCAGUGACAAGCCUGCUGAGCCUGGUGAUAGCUGGCUGUCUCAGUUCAACUUUAAACUUACCCAUGGAAUUACUUAAUCUCCCUGCAAGUUUGUCAGUCUAGAGAGAGACAGCUCUUUAGACUCUUCCUACAGAGAGUAAAAAACAUUACCACCACAGUUGGCCCAAAAGCAGCCACUAAUUAAGAAAGAAUUUAAGCUCAGUAUCUAACUAUCUUAAAUUCUAACCAGUCUACUGAACUCUUAACAUCACAUCGGACUAAACUAUUACUUAAUAGAAGCAACAACGUUAAUAUAAGUAACGUGAAGGCAUUCUCCAUUGCAUAAGCUUACAUCAGACCGGAGUAACCCACUGACAGUUAACAGCCCAAUACUAAUAAAUGAUAUAAUAAACACCUAUUAUUUGCACUGUUAACCCAACACAGGCAUGCUCUAAGGAAACAUUACAAAAAGUAAAAGGAACUUGGCAAAUCCUACCCUGCCUGUUUACCAAAAACAUCACCUCUAGCAUUACCAUUACCAGUAUCAGAGGCACGGUCUGCCCAGUGACAUAUGUUCAACGGCCGUGGUAUCCUGACCAUGCAAAGGUAGCAUCAUCACUUGUUCCCUAAAUAGGGACUUGUAUGAAUGGCCACAGGAGAGUUCAGCUGUCUCUUACUUUCAACCAGUGAACUUGACCUAUCCGUGAAGAGGCGGAUAUAAACAAGUAAGACGAGAAGACCUUACGGAGCUUUAACUCAUCAAUGCAAAUAAAAACUCCAGCAAGCCUACAGGCCCUAGCCUCCUAUCUCUGCAUUAAAAAUUUUGGUUGGGGUGACCUCGGAACAUAAUUCAAUCUCCUAACAACCUAAACUAAGACCACACUAGUCUAAGUGAGUUAUUACACACUGAGCCAAUAAUUUGAUCAACAGAAUAAGUUAUCCUAGGGAUAACAGUGCAAUCCUAUUCUAGAGUCCAUAUCGACAAUAGGGUUUACGACCUCGAUGUUGGAUCGGGACAUCCUAAUGGUGUAGCCGCUAUUAAGGGUUCGUUUGUUCAAUGAUUAAAGUCCUGUGUGAUCUGAGUUCAGACUGGAGUAAUCCAGGUCUGUUUCUACCUAUUUAACAUUCCUCCUAGUAAGAAAGGACAAGAGAAAUAGGGCCCACUUCAUAACGUGCCCUCACUCCACAGAUGAUGCUAUCUCAAUCUAAUAAAUCAUCACACACUAUACCCAAGAGUAGGGUUUG